AUGACCAAUUUCAUGUCUCAGGCGGGAAAUGGACAAGAUGAGCCUGGAGUGUUUGUCAUCCCAGAAGGCAAAGAAGCUAUCAGAGAUGAGGAGGGAUUCCAUCCUGCUCUGGCUCCUGUGGAGAAGUCUCCUGCCAAGAAAAAGACGACAAAAAAGGCUGGCACAACGAAGCAUAAGGCCACCGGUCCCCCGGUGUCCGAGCUCAUAACUAAGGCUGUGUCUGCCUCCAAGGAGCGCAGUGGCGUGUCCCUGGCCGCACUCAAGAAGGCUUUGGCUGCAGGUGGCUACAAUGUGGAGAAGAACAACAGCCACAUCAAGCUGGGGCUCAAGAGCCUGAUGAGCAAGGGCACUCUGGUGCAGACCAAGGGCACCGACGCCUCCGGCUCCUUCAAGCUCAACAAGAAGGUGGCUUCUGGCGAGGCCAAGCCCAAAGCCAAGAAAACCUUACUUUUAAAAAGAGAUAACAGAAAAGGGAAUCUAAAGACCUAA